AUGGUCUCUCUCCUCGUCACCGUCUUCAUAAUCCAACUAGUCUGCCACCUCAUUCUAACCAUUGGCUCCAAACCUAUCAACGACCUACUAUGGCAAAUCUACUGCGGCCUGCCGCUGCAAUCGUCCAAGGACAUCCAAGAACAAAUCCGCCUGCGCCGCGAGGUCCUGCGACUGAAACGAGAAAUGAACGCCAUCAGCGCGCAGGAUGAGUUUUCCAAAUGGGCCAAACUGAGGAGGCAGCAUGACAAAGCUAUGGAGGAGCAUGACAAGAAAGCCGCUGCGGUUUCCUCCUCCCGAUCCUCCUUCGACACAAAAGCCACGGCCAUUCGAUGGACGAGCACAAGCGGCCUAAGACUCGCACUGCAGUUCUGGCACGCAAAGACACCCGUCUUCACCUACCCGCGCGGCUGGUUCCCAUGGUACAUCGAGUGGUUGCUCGGCUUUCCGCGAUGCCCCUACGGCGGCGUGAGCAUCAACGUCUGGAGUACUGCUUGCGCGACCGUCAUCGCGCUGGUGUGGGAUGUCGUGGUGUACCUGAUACAGAGCGUGCAGCAGGUACGAGGAGGCGAUCAAAAGGAGAAGGAAAAGGUCAACGACGGUAGAAGAAAAGAAGAAAUGAGAACAUGA